GUUUCGCAAUAAAUUUUCAUAUACUAAUGAUACGUUCGUCAUUCAUAACCUUCAAACACUCUUCGUGCUUCAUGUAAACUGCCAAUCUCUCGCACCACCAACCAUCCAAUCUCCCGUCCCUCCAUGCGCUAGCUGCCCCCAAAAGCCCUCAUGCCAAGUCUGCGCUGUGACCUCGUUUCAUGUGUGGUGCAAGAUACGUAUGUCUCUGAAGUGAUUCACAUGGCAGCCACAGCGAGCAUAGCAAGGACGAUUCCUUGCGCCGAGUACCCAACAUGCGAAGCAGCACCAGUUGCGAUGGUAGUAGAGGCUGUAGAUGACGAAGUAGCCGUGCUGGAGCUGGGGUUCGCUGUGGUUGUAGUUGCUGUUGUCCCGGCGGUACUGGUUUUUGUAGUGCUAGAUGCUGUGUUGCUAGUCGAGGUUGUCGAGGUGGAUUGCACAGUGGUGGUGGACUCGGUCGACGAGCUUGUGCUAGUCGUAGCCGUGGAGGCAGAACUGGUUGUUGAAGUUGUCGUAGUAGUGGCCGGGUUCGAGUGGUCAGAGUAUACAUAAGUCCCCGUUACGCUGCAAGAAUUGUCCUCGCAACAGUUGCCACCAUGACCACAAGUGUAGCCGCUGCUACAAUAGUAGUAGUGAUCACAGCACUCGUCCGAGCUCGAGAUGCAGAUAUCU